CUACAGAGAGGAACGCGAAGACGAGACUUCCAAAGAGCGCGAAAGAGAAAGAGAGAGAUAAGAACAUGGCGGAGGACGGCGCUAAAGCAUCGCCGGCGGUCCACCCGGCGAUCGCGCCACUGUCAUACCUUCUGGGUUCAUGGAAAGGCCAAGGCGAGGGCGGCUUCCCCACCAUCAACUCCUUCUCUUACGGCGAACAACUCCAUUUCUCUCAUUCCGGCAAGCCGGUGAUAGCUUACACACAGAAGACUUGGAAAUUGAACUCCGGGGAGCCUAUGCACGCCGAGAGUGGAUAUUGGCGGCCCAAACCUGAUGGGACUAUUGAAGUCGUCAUUGCUCAAAGCACUGGUCUUGUUGAAGUUCAGAAAGGGACGUACAAUGCAGAAGAGAAAGUGAUAAACCUUCGAACUGAGCUAGUGGGAAAUGCAACAAAGGUGAAAGAGAUAACCAGAGUUUUUAAGUUGGUUGACAAAGAACUGUCUUAUGAAGUUCAGAUGGCUACCAAUCUCAACAGUCUCCAACCACAUCUAAAAGCCUCGCUCAAGAGAGUCUGAAGUGUAUGUUGUAAAUAAAGUAAACUUCAGAAGUUAGCAUCAAAACUGUAGUCAUAGAUCAUUACUCUAAAUGCAGCUACAUUUCCUCCAGAUUCAUAUUAAGGACCAAAGUGGAUCUGGUGCAAAGACAAAGAACUUUUUCAUUUUAUUUUUUAUAUUUUGUAAUAACAGUGGUAGGCGAAUACCCUCCUUCAAGCUUUGGAUUCACCUAUCUGGCCAAUCUGAGCAUUGGUUUUCAACGAUGUGCUAACUUCAGCAUAAAAAUCAAUUUCAUGAUUAUUGAAGAGCAGGUCCUCAAUUUUCCAAUGAUAUCCGUAUUUCCUCGUCUGGUAGACCACAUCAUUUGAUUGUAUCUUCCAAUCCCAAUAUGGUUAAUCAAGUCACUCUAGUUACCUUA